AAUGAUUAUUAGCGGAGGGCAGCGAGUUCACUGGGCAAGUACACAUACUGAAGUCAUUAGCCUAGGUUCGGGUGAUUCGUACGUUUUUUCAGUCCGGCUUACGUCACCAAGGGGCCAAGAACGCAACCGUCGCAGCAGGACCUUUAGUCGCACCCGAUUGGCUAUCCAUUCAACCUGACUUCUCAACAAAGCUAGACGUACCACCAGAAAUUAUUCAAUGGAAGAACCCACGGAGACAAGUUGGGCCAAGAUGAGCAGCGACCAGGGUGAAAGCGUCGAGAACGAGGUGACGCGGGACAAGAUGUCUCAGUUUUGGCGGGAACAUUCCUCCCAGGCGUCCAUUGAAGAGAUGAUGCUGGACGACGCCGCCAAAGAGCUGUCCAAAGAUGAACUGCCUGAAAUCCUGUCUCUGCUGCCUGGCAUCGAGGGAAAAACCAUCCUGGAGCUUGGGGCAGGCAUUGGACGUUACACGGCUCCGCUUGCACAGCAAGCCAAACACGUGACGGCCGUGGACUUCAUGGAACCGUUCAUUCGCAAGAACGAGGAGGUCAACGGUCAUCACAAGAACGUUCGCUUCAUGCAAGCCGACGUCACCAAGCUCGAGAUGCCUCCUAAGAGCUUUGACAUCGUGUUCUCCAACUGGUUGAUGAUGUACCUGAGCGAUGCUGAGGUCCAGGCUCUGGCCGAGAAGGUGCUCACCUGGCUGAAGGACGACGGCAUCUUCUUCUUCAGGGAGUCUUGCUUCCACCCUUGUGGGAACCGAGCUGGAUCCUUCAACCCGACGAACUACCGGAAGCCAUCCGACUACGACUCGCUGAUCCAGUCCGCCGGGAUCCCCAUACCGGGCGACAACGGCGGCGUCAUGCACUUCGGCUUCGAGAUCCAACUCGCCAAAUCCGUGGAGACUUACAUCAAGGCAAGGAAGAACGCGAACCAGUUCUGCUGGAUCACCAAGAAGCGACGGCUGCAGCAGGGCACGGCGCACAACGGCUGACGGCAGCGAAGUCGUUGAUGCCCUACUCCCCAAGUAGAGGUU